AUGACUCUCAAAACUCUUGGCGCAAAGGCGGCCACCGCUUUGGAUCAGGAGCUCAUGAGCACUUGUGCAUUUUCCCUUGACCAGCUCAUGGAGCUAGCUGGUCUCUCUGUUUCCCAGGCUGUCUAUCGGGUUCAUCCGCCUAGCAUGGGACGCAAGGUUCUCAUCGCUUGUGGUCCUGGAAACAACGGUGGAGAUGGUCUUGUCGCCGCUCGCCAUCUGUUCUACUAUGGCUACCACCCAUCCAUCUUUUACCCCAAGAGGAGCAAGAACGAACUUUACCAGCGCCUUGCAAAGCAGCUUGAGGAUCUCCAGGUCCCGUUCGUCGAGGAUUUCGAAUCUGCAGCGGAAACCACUGAUCACAUUGUUGAUGCCAUUUUUGGCUUUAGCUUCUCUGGAGAGGUCAGAGAGCCGUUCCCAGCCGUGAUAGAGGCUCUCCAGAAAUCACAAAAGCCCGUUACGUCGGUGGACGCGCCAUCGUCGUGGGACAUCGAGCAAGGGCCGCCAAAAUCGGGCUUGGGUAGCUCCUUCAUGCCUACAACGCUCGUUAGCCUGACUGCGCCAAAGCCCUUGGUUAGACACUUUACGGGACGCCACUUUGUUGGCGGCCGUUUUGUGUCGCCUAUGAUUGCCGAAAGGUACAACCUUCAAGUGCCCGAGUACGACGGAGUGGAUCAGAUUGUCGAAGUCGACGUGACGGGGAAGAAGCUCUGA